CAUUAAAAUAAAAGUAAAGUUGUAAAUUGUAAUCAUGGCAGCUCUAAUCCAUCUUCCCUGUGCUUACCAUCUGCGCUUCUGCUCAAAGAAUACUCUAUUCUCAAGAGAAGAAAACCCUAUAAGAAAAAACUUGGAGAAGGUUGAGAUGAAUCAAUGGUGGAAGAAAUCCGUAGGCCAAAGCCUGAAUUCAGCGGGCGUCGCUUCGUUUCUGAGCGUCGCAACAAAAAAGCCCCACCUUGCCCUGCCCCAUAUAUCCGUUCCCGAUGUUCGCUGGAUCGAUUGGUCCGAGCUCGAGCGGCUGGGGUUUCGCGGCGUCGUCUUUGACAAAGAUAAUACCCUUACUGCUCCUUACUCGCUCUCCCUCUGGCCUGCGCUCUCCGGGUCAUUCGUCCAAUGCCAGGCCGCUUUUCCGGGAAAAGUUGCGGUUUUCAGCAAUUCCGCAGGUUUGUAUCAAUAUGAUCCUGAUGGCUCUGAAGCGAGGACUCUUGAGGAAUCAAUAGGGGGAAUUCAUGUUAUAAGGCAUGAAUUGAAGAAACCAGAUGGAACUGCCGAAGACAUAGAAAAGUUCUUUGGCUGUCCAGUCUCAGACCUUAUCAUGGUGGGUGAUCGAUAUUUCACCGAUAUUGUAUAUGGAAAUCGAAAUGGCUUUCUCACCAUCUUGACAGAACCUUUAACUCUUUCGUUGGAGCCCUUCAUUGUGAAGCAGGUGAGGAAACUGGAAGGCUACCUUGUGAAGCAUUGGCAUCAUAAAGGCUUAAAACCAGCCAAGCAUAUGUUACUUCCUGAAUUUCAUCACUGUAUAAAUUCUUCUCUUUCCUAAUUGUUUUAGCCUUUAAUGAGCAUCACAACAUUCUGAGGUCCAUGAAUUUUUUGAUAUCUUUUACUUCUGCAAAUAAUAAACCAGGUUGACAACAGCACUGAUGACUAAUGAAACAUGAAAUUUUCUUUUGUGUAAACUUAUUAUAUUUUCUUGUUUUA